AUGAAGACUUUCACUUCUCUAGCGCUGCUUGCUGUAGGCGCUACAGCCCAGGUCAUUGAAAGCGCAAGCUUUGGCUAUGGCAAAACUAUCUCCCCAAGUCGCGAUUCAAUUCCAGGGUGGACUAUUGGUGGAGAGGGAUUUGACCCUUCUUUGUUAUCCGAUAAACUUAUUUUAACGCCUCCAUACCCCGGAAAUGCUCGAGGAUCAGCCUGGGCACAGAGCCCUAUCUCUCAGCCUGAGUGGUCCGCCGAAUUCCAAUUCCGAGCCAGUGGUCCAGAACGCGCCAGCGGCAAUCUUCAAUUAUGGUACACAAAAGAUGGACAGGCACGCGUGGGGACAUCCAGCAUAUACACCGUGGGCCCGUUUGAUGGGCUUGCACUGGUGAUCGAUACACAUGGCGGAAGGGGUGGAAGCAUUCGUGGAUUCUUGAACGACGGAACAACAGACUACAAGACUCAUCGUAGUGUCGACAGCUUGGCCUUCGGUCACUGCGAUUACUCUUACCGUAACCUCGGUCGCCCCUCUGUGCUAAAGAUCAAGCACACCAACGCGUUCUUCGAGGUUACCGUGGACGACAAGGUCUGCUUCUCGACGGAAAAAGUCGUACUUCCAUCUGGAAACACCUUCGGUAUCACCGCCGCUACCCCCGAGAACCCUGACUCCUUCGAGAUCUUCAAAUUUGUCCUCGAGUCCGCGGCUGGCCAAACCAUUCCUCAAGGCAACAUCCCGCAGCAGGAAAAGCAGCAACCGAUCGUGAACCAGGAGAUUCCGCCAGUGGCCCAAGCUGGCUCCGGCUCUGACAAGGCUUCCGCGGCUCAGUUCUUUGACCUCAGCAACCGAAUUCAGUCUCAGAGCAAAGUCUCCAACACCAUCGUCCAGGAUAUUAGAGCGCAAGGGACUAAGAGUGAAACUCGUCACGCCGAGCUCCUCCGUCUCACCGCAUCAAAGGACCAGGUGGCUUCUCUGGAGGCCCGUCUUCAGCGCAUGGAGUCCAUGCUCCAGAGCCUCCAGCGUGAUCUGGAGGGUAAGGACUAUAGCAGUCGUUUCAACCAGCUCCAUGACACCCUGAGGUCUUCGCAUGUUACCUUGAGCGAGGCUCUUCACGGUCACCUGUUGAGUGCUAUCACUGCCUCGACACCGCGCAUGGGAUUUUUCAUCUUCCUCGUCAUUGCAUUCCAGGUGUUCCUGGCUGGCUCCUACGUCCUCUACAAGCGUCGCCGUGCUAAUAUGCCUAAGAAGUUUCUCUAA